UUUUAGUAUUUCACUUAAAAAUCGCAAAAGAGCAUGGUACUCGCACAGCAAUUAUGAACUAAAACGACAGAAACUUUUCAAAAUACUGUACUGUAGAUUUGCCAAAGCUUCAAGAUGGAAGACAACGACUUCAAAAUAUUCAAUGGUUCAACGCAUGAUCUAAAUAAUGAUAAAGACGGAAAUUUACCUGGUCCUUCGACUAUCACCUUGUUGAACUGCUUUCUUAAUAUUCCACUAAUACUGAUAUCGAUUCUGGGAAACUCUUUGGUCUUAGCAGCCGUACACAAAGCUCCUUCGCUUCGCUCACCUUCCAUAACCUUGCUGUGUGGUCUCGCUGUCUCCGACCUUUUCGUGGGUUUCAUAGUCCAACCGAUUUAUAUCACCAAAGAGCUCACUUCAGCACAUUUUAUACCCGGAGUGACAAAAAUUUUGGGUGUUACUUUUUGCGGGAUUUCAUUCGCUACAAUGUCAGCGAUUAGCUUGGACCGAUUUUUGGCUUUGAAAUAUCACAUGAUUUACAAUUCUCUGGUUACCACAAUGAGCGUUAAAGUCACUUUAAUAUUUAUUUGGCUUGUAAACUUUUCAAUAUUCUCCGGCGUUCACGUUUGGUAUGCACCUGAACAAUUUUAUAUCUCUUUUGGAUUGAUCGGCUUCUAUAUGGUGAUAUCCACCAUGGGUUAUGUGGGUGUUUAUCGAAUCGCUCGUCGUCACCAAUUCGAGAUCCACGCUCAGCAGCAAGCAAUGGGUGUUCCAAAGUUGAAAAUAACCUCAAAUGUGGCGUUUUUAACUCGCACGGCCGUGAACACUUUCGUAUUUUACAUAUGUACAGUUUUUUGCUAUUUGCCGUGGAGCAUCUAUCGUCUUUUUUAUUCAGAUAUCUUACUCAUAAAUACUAGUGAUGGUUGGAUUUUUACGUGUACUUUGGUGUUCGCCAACUCGGCCAUAAAUCCCUUAUUGUAUUGCUGGCGUCUUCGGGAACUUCGAGGGGCGGUUUUGAAGUUAUUGGGACAAAUAUCUUGUAAUUAUCGUGAACAAGUAGAAAACAUGUGAAACUUUGGCUUUCUCCUUAGAAAACUGACCUCUUGGUUCGAUUCGAGGAUGCACAAUUUUUAAAAGUCGGAGACUCUCCCAAAUUCAUUCGUAUAUUUUUUACAUGCAUCUGAUUGCAUCAGGUUGCAAAGUCUCGUUUGAGAUGAUUGUUCAUAAAAUAUUACAAACUGUGCUGAAGAAAUUCAUAUGGAACAAGAGACAUAUAAGAGGGAUAAGUUUCACCCAUUGAAGGAAAAACAAAAAAAUUGCGUUUCUAUAUUUUUUUAAGUCAGUAUGAUAGCAAAAGAGCUGACCUGAGGAUCUUCCUCAUCUGUAGAAUUUCUUUGCAUUUAGAACGUAAAUUUCAGUCUUUAAUGGUACAAGUUGAUAUAUCGGUCGCAUACACCUUUGAAGCUUUCCUUUUUUAUUUCAA